CUCGCCGGCUAGAGUAGAUACAGAUUGCUGAGUGGCAGUACGAGCUUGUGGGACUCGCUCGAAGAAGAGCGGGCGCAGUGCGGGGACGAGGACAACAGACGAACAGACUCGUCUGCAAGUUUUUUGGUACAGCGAACGGCACGGAGAGCGCCAAGAAAAUCAAGUCGAGGGAGUUGAGUCAGUUUAUUGUCGGAGGCUGUUGAGUUAAAUCGCGCUUGGUGGAGGUUGUUACGCUGCCUGACGGCCGGGUGUGGUUGACAUUUUCCGGAUUUUCCAUAGCAGCGUAAAGUGCGGGCGGAAAUAGUGUAUUGGAAAUUGUGAAAUUUUGAUGUUGAGUUGUUGCUGUCGAGAGGCGGUAAUUGGUUACGAGUGAGUAGUGUUGAGUGGUCAGAGGAAGGGUUGAUUUGUCCCCGUACCCAUUGUUGACGCGCGUACAGAGUGGCGGCAUUGUGCGACUAGUGUGGUGCCGGGCUGUCCGGUGGCAGUGCAUGUGUUAGUAGGUUGCAGUCGAUCGUAAAUGAGGUGCAAGGUUCGUGACAGAUCAAGGAUGCACAACUGGUCCUCCUCCACGUAAUCAGAAAGCAACAACCGUUCGUUUGGCACUGGAUGCAAAUCGUCUGAAGUGGAUGUAUUGUACGGCGACUUUACCGUGACAAAAUUUGGUGGGUAACAGCUGUCAAGCCGCUGAUAUUGUAGAGUGUAUUUAACGGCGAAAAUGGCCAGGACAUCGGGGCUUGUUUGGUUGAUUUUAGUGCUUCUGUGUGCAGAAUGUCAGUCUAACUUGGCACCUGUGUUCACCCAAGUUAUGAAUAAUUUGGCUCUGUCAGAGGCGACUCCUGUUGGCACGGUCGUCUACACCCUGGAAGGAUACGAUCCUGAAGAUAGUGAAGUAUCAUUUGGAUUAGUUGGCACCGAUAACUUUAAAGUGGACCCAAAGACGGGCGAAGUGACUAUAAUUAAAGCAUUGGACCGAGAGGAGCACGAUACACUAUCAUUUUUGGUAUCUAUAAAAGAUGUGGUAAAUUCAACGGGGGAUUCCCAAAACGAUAAUUUGGUGGAAGUGCCGGUAACCGUUAUAGUCCUGGAUGAGAACGAUAAUGCGCCUCAGUUUGAACAAGUGCCAUAUGAGACCGAAGUCUACGAAAAUGCCACCGUGGGUACAACAAUAUUCGAUAAGAUCCUUGUUACCGACAAGGACACAGUGGGAGAGAAUCUGGACAUAAUGUGUUCCUCGCAAAGCCAAAAUCCCGAUGGUUGUUCAAAAUUUAUUUUCAAAAUUAUUGAGAGCUCACAAAAUGUUUUAAAGGCGGCUGUUAUUUUGAAUGACACUCUAGAUUAUAACAAGCGAAUGAUCUACCAUCUGGAGAUAAAUGCAACGGAUGGUACACAUUCAACUGCUACUUCUUUUGAAGUUCGUGUUAAGGAUGUACAGAAUAGCCCACCAGUAUUUCAAGGAUCAUUAGCGGCAGUAAUCGAAGAAAAUAGUCCGAUUGGAACAUUGGUCCUUAAGGUUCAAGCUCGAGAUGGCGAUACAGGAGAGCCACGGAAGAUUGUCUAUGAAUUAUUGACGAACCCAAUGGACUAUUUUCUUCUGGAUCCAAAGACGGGUGAACUUAGAACGGCCAAACCCUUAGAUAAAGAAGCUUUGAAUGAUGCUACUGGAUUGAUAACCUUGGACAUAAGAGCCCGGGAACUUGUGGAUGGCAUCCCACAAUCAGAUAACUUGACAAUGGCCACUACACAGGCAUCAAUUACGAUAAGAGACGUUAAUGACUCUCCACCGGAAUUCAAUAAGAAGGAAUACUUUGUAUCGCUGGUGGAAAAUACAGCUCCUGGCACCCCAUUAGCAUUAGAAAUGAAUGUUAGCGAUAAGGACGUGGGCAUAAAUUCGAUAUUCUCACUGCGACUUGACGACGUUUCGGGUGUGUUCGAAGUCGAGCCGGAUGUAGUGAGGGGCUCAUCGCAAGUUAAUAUUCGUGUCGGAAAUAGAACUUUGGAUUAUGAGAAUCCGAAUCAGAGAAAGUUCAUUGUUCUGGUGAUCGCCGAAGAGACGGAAACCGACCCAAAACUUUCAUCAACGGCGACAAUAACUAUUUCUGUAAUCGACGCUAAUGAUAACAGGCCAACUUUUGAGGAGGAAUCCUAUUCUGCAUCAGUUUCAGAAUCGGCAGAACCGGGUCAAUUUAUAACAUCAAUAAUAGCAAAGGACAUCGAUUCCGGAAGUUAUGGUGAUGCUGGCAUCCGAUAUACUCUAUCCGGGACCGGAUCUGAACUAUUUCAUGUUGACCCUGUAACUGGUGUAAUAACGGUAGCUGACUGCCAUGCAACUCUUACACACCACAAUCGAAAAAGGAGGGAGUUACUGAUGCCCGAGGAAUUGCAGAUUGAAAAUGGCAAUAAUAAGAAUAUCAAUGUGAUGGCGAACGGGGAGACCGGAAUCGUUCAAAUCGAAGUGAGCACGGAGCCAGAAGUGACCUACACUGUCGUAUCGGACGAGAGUCCUACGGACGACCACACAGAAAUGGACAACAAUCUCGACUAUGAAGGAACUGAUAAGGAUAUGACGAAGCUGCCUUGCCUUGACUAUGAAACGCAGCCCGUAUAUUUCCUCUCAUAUAAGGCAACCGACGAUAAUGGAAAAGGUCAGACAUCGGUAGUAUCUCUCCGGAUAUCGAUAAUAGAUGCGAACGACUCACCACCAGUUUGCGAGAGUCCUCUCUACAGAGCGUCAAUUGAUGAGGGUGCUUUAACGUUUGAUCCGCCACUUGUAGUGAAAGCCAGGGACGUGGAUACUGUUUCAGAUAUAACUUACAGCAUCAUUGGAAAUGAAAAUGUCGGGAAAUUCUUUGAAAUCGAUAAACGCAGCGGUCAAAUUAAUAUUCGUCCUGAUGCCGAGCUGGAUGUUAAUCACUUGAAAUCGGAUUUCAUAUCAUUUAGUGUUGAGGCAAAUGAUGGAGUAUUUUCUGCAAUUUGCGGUGUGAACAUUACCAUAAGAGAUGUGAAUAAUCAUGCCCCGCAGUUUUUGAGGGACCACUAUGUUGCAUCAGUAGCAGAGAAUACUGGCAUUGGGACGAGUGUAGAAAUGUUAAAGGCAAUCGACUUAGAUACUGGUAUAAAUGCAGAGAUCCGAUAUCGAAUACAACAAGGAAGCUUUGAUGAUUUUCGGAUCGACGACACAAGCGGACUUGUAUCUGUCUCUCGUAAGCUUGAUUAUGACCGCCGAAAUACAUACCAAAUUGAAGUGCUCGCAACUGAUUUAGGAACUCCCAGCUUAUCGGGAACAACGACACUUACAGUAAGUGUAACAAAUAGUAAUGACAAAGAUCCAUUCUUCACUCCAUCAACACAACGUGCCGAAGUCAGAGAGGAUGCUGUAAUCGGGACAAUUAUCCACAAUUUAGUCGCCAUCGAUCCAGAUGUAGAAUCUAAUGAUGUUCUUCAAUAUUCUGCAACAGAACCUAUUACGGCUGUGGAUAAAGAUGGAAAGGAGAUUGAGGAUGUUGAGAACUUCAAAGAUGUCUUCACUGUAGAUAGAUCAGGAAAAGUAAUUGUCAAUCAAAAACUAGAUCGAAAUUUGUUUGCAGUAAUCAGGAUUACGGUGUUAGUUAUAGACAGCACAGCCUCUACCACACAACAAGGAAAAGGCCUUUUAAUAAUAUCGAUAAUAGAUGUCAAUGAAGUUCCACCGAAAUUUGCACAACCUUGGUCUGAAGACGAUCCAAUUCUUAAGUACCAAAUACCAGAAGAACAACCAAUUGGAACAAUCCUUACCACCCUCCAAGCCAGCGAUGAAGACUCAACUAUUGAUGCAUUCAACAUCACUGAGAAUCCGUUCUUUACAAUAAACACAACUACUGGAGUGAUUGCAACCAAAUCGCGAAUUGAUUAUGAACAUACGAAGGAGAUAAGAUUUUUUGCAACUGUAACCGAUACUGGGAUACCUCAAUUAACAUCCACUGCUGAAGUGAUAGUUGACGUUGUCAAUAUUAAUGACAAUGGUCCAUAUUUCCUGAAACCAGAAUAUGAUUUUACUGUUUUGGAAAAUUCCCCAUCGGGUACUUUGGUUGGAAAAGUGGAGGCAAAGGACGAUGACUUAGGAAACUACGGUGAUAUAUUCUACACGCUGGUUGGAAAAGAUAGCAAAAAUUUCCUUAUGGCUCCUGAUACAGGAAUUUUAACCGUUGCAAACAAUACAUUCUUGGAUCGUGAAACGGUGUCCAUGAUAACAUUAAGUGUGGUGGCAACAGAUAAAGCGCCUAUGAACCCCAAAACGACAACUGCGACGAUUAAUAUUAAAGUGCUGGAUAUAAACGAUAAUGCACCACAUUUCACUCAGAAAGAAUACACAUCUUCAGUAGCAGAGAACGCAGCUCUUCAUCCACCUGCAACCUUGCUACAAGUAACAGCUGAAGAUGCAGAUGACUCAAUAUUCGGGGAAGUCAGAUAUUUUAUCAUAUCCGGCAACGAUGAAGAAUUGUUCCAACUAGACCCAAAAUCAGGCAUUCUGUACCCUGGUAAAAGUCUUUUGGGUAAAAAAGGAAAAUACAUCUUAGAAGUUGAAGCACGAGAUGGUGUCGGAGCGGGACCUCAUAAAGAACAGGCCACUGUUAUUAUUGAUGUAUUGGGUAUCAAUCAAUAUAGACCAGUUUUCUUGAUGCCUGCUCUAUCAAACGCGACUGUUGAAUUACCGGGGGACAUUGUCGAAGCUAACUACUUAGUAAUGACUGUGAAAGCGAUGGACAAUGACACAGGCGAAAAUGGAAAAAUAUCUUACCACCUUCAAGUGAACAAUAAAAACAUCCAAGAAUCGGAAGCAUUUACUAUCGAUGAGCACUCCGGCGAAUUACGUACACGCAAACAAUUGAACAGAAAUAUAAGAUCAACAUACGAUCUCAUCCUUGUCGCUCGUGAUCAAGGGACUCCUUCAUAUUUCGAGACGCUACGUUUUCUCAGCAUUAUUCUUGUCGAUGUUAAUGAAAAUCGACCUGAAUUUUCAGACGCUUCAAAUCCCUACAAAAUAACCGUUCUGGAAAAUAGUCCACCCGAUAUACGUGUUGGACGGGUGCAAGCUUACACAAAGAGUAAAAAUAAAAAGGAUAUUUUCUAUUAUAUGCUGUUGGGUAAUGAAGAUGGAGCAUUCUAUUUGGAUAAGUCAACAGGAGACAUUUACACGAAUAAGUCAUUAGACCGUGAAUCAAUUCCCUCAUACAAUUUGUACAUAUUAGCAAGUAACAAAGUAGAUUUGCAUAUAUCGGAUAUAGAAAGAGCCACAUUUUCAAUUAAAAGCCUAGAGCGAGACAGUUCGGUUGCGAAAGUAUGGGUUACGGUGUUGGAUGUCAACGAUAACCCACCAAUUUUUGAAAAGUCGGUCUAUUACGCUGGUGUCAAUUCAAAGUCUUCGAUAAAUGAAAUUGUUAUUCUGGUCAAUGCAACUGAUCGUGAUUUUGGAGCAAAUGCGUCUCUCGAAUACAUCAUAACCGCUUCCAAUUUGUAUAAAUUCGGCUCCUCGAAAUCAACUGGUUCCAUAGUCCCGAGCCCAUUCGCGAUUUCAAAGGACGGCCGACUUACUACAGCCACAUUUAUGGCCGAAUACAAUCAGGAUCGCUUCGAAUUAGACAUCAUAGCAAAAGAAGUCGAACCACCAGAGAGAUUUGCUAAGACAAAAGUUUAUGUAUGGAUUUUUGAUUCUGAGCAACUGAUAAGAGUGAUUUUAUCACGUCCGCCAUCUGAAGUUCAUCAAGAACGCGAUGAGAUCGUUGCAGAGCUUGGAAAUGCCACACAUAAGCAUAUAGUCGUCGAUGAGAUACGAUAUCACGUGGAUGCAGUUGGACGCAUCCGGAUGGAUUGGUGUGAUUUAUUCUUCCACGCUGUUGACCUGUCUACAAAUGAAAUCACGCCCGUGAAUAAUAUUUUGAAAGUGAUCGAUGCCAAUUAUGAUUACUUGAAGGAUUACUACGCCGGCUUUGCAAUAGAAAAUGUAGUUCCCGCCUACGCGACAAUCGAAGAGGAUGAGUUCGAUAUGGCUCUUGCCGGUUUGGUGGCGCUUAUUAUUGUCCUUUUUGUGGGUGCUAUAAGCUUCAUUGUAUUAUGUUGUUGUUUGAAACAGUGCAAUCUGUCCAUACCUCUGGAGAAAACUCGAAAGGAAGCUCUUAUCAAAAAACAAAUAAUCGAAGAUUUAAAUACCACGGAAAAUCCAUUAUGGAUGGAGCAGAAAUUGAAACUGUAUGAGGAGCAAGAAUUGACAAUGCAAGUUUUCUCUGAACCGGAAUUUUGUAGUACCUCUGACCCUUCACCGACAACCCUUGACCGAAGGGACUCAUUCGGAACAUCGCACGCAGGCGAUAACACAUAUGCAACCAUUCAACCACGCAAUGGAUCUCAAAUAGCUGAUGUUGCGGAUUAUGCGACAUUGCGGGAUAAUCGAGUUCCAUCCAUGUAUGAAUUCACUGGUUCGACAUUCCAAGCGCCAGUCCGGGAACAAGAUGAUUUCGUUACUGAGUUGAUAUAAGUUAAAAUUUACGUGUGUAUGUCUAUUGGAAAGAGAUUAGAAUGAAAAUAUCGAGACAAUAACGAUGAUGGCGAUCUGGAGAUUAUUUUAAACAUAAGAGAAGAAGCAAACAAUUUUAAAAUGAGCAACUCAGCGUGAUAAAUGACUGUUGUUUUCGUGUAGUGAAUUCUGAUUAUUUUUCAAGUAAAAAAGAAACGAUUGAUCAAUGAGUGAACAAAUUAACAUUAAAUUAUAUUGAUAUUAAUUUAUUUAAGUAAACUACAAGAUAUUUGUAAAUCGA